AUGGCCUUCAGGCUUCUUACCCUCGCGACUUCUCUAGUUUUGCUCGGUCCGGCUUUGGGACAGAGUGUUGAUGGCUCUCAAUAUAACAACCCAACGGCCGGUCCGCCCUCAAGCUAUUUCGCGGCUGCCACGACUGUUCCUGUCGCGGCCCUCCAAAGUGCCGCUGCAAAGGCCAGUACCGCUGCGAAAGAUGCGACGUAUCCUGUCAAUAACGACAGUGGUGCCUCCAAGGUGACUAUCCAUAGUGAUUGGUCCAGCUUCAGUGAGGGUGCUGCUUUCGUUUGGGUAGCCGAUAUGGAUGUAGACUGCGAUGGUAUUGACUAUAAAUGCAAGGGCAAUCAAGAUGGUCAGGCCCAAACCAACUUUGGCGCUCUUGCAGCAUAUGAGGUCCCCUUCUUUGUUAUUCCAGACAAGUUUGGAACAACAUACCAGAGCGUCCUUCCAGGCAACAAUGUUGGCGCUGUUAUUUGUGGUGGUAAGAUGUUCUAUGGCAUCUACGGAGACUCUGACGGGGAUGAUCCUCAGGUCAUUGGUGAAGCAUCGUGGCUCAUGGCUCGGACAUGCUUCCCCAAUGACGACCUGAACGGCAACAGUGGCCAUACUGGUGUUGAUGUGACCUAUAUCUUGUUCACUGGCGACGACGCCGUCCUCCCAAGCAGCGCCCUCAAUAAUAACUAUGUUACCAACUUCAGCACUUUACGAUCCAUGGGCGAUAAGUUGAUUACUGCUCUUGCGAAAAACCUGAAUCUAUCCUCUGGCGGCUCCGGUAACCCAUCCACCACUACUACCUCCAGCCCAACAUCAACGAGCGGUUCUGGUUCGUGCUCUUGGUCUGGGCACUGUGCUGGCAGCUCUUGCUCUUCUGAUGAUGACUGCUCCGAUGAUCUAGUCUGCAAGAGCGGGCUUUGCAGCUCGAGCACUACCUCUUGCUCAUGGUCCGGACACUGUGCUGGUGCUUCCUGUUCGUCAGAUGAUGAUUGCUCGGAUGAUUUGGUCUGUAGUAGUGGGAAGUGCGCUAGCUCGUAG